AUUGAGGCUAUGAAUCAUCGUGUCAUUUGUCCCUUUGUGGGGCUUAAAUAUACCUCACUCUAGUCAAACAAUCAUCCGUGUUUUAGAGAAAUCACUAAUGCUUGACAAUUCAAAAUGUCCACAUUCUUCUUUUUUGUAUUGAGUAAGUGAUCAAAGCCUCUGACUCAACAUAAAAGCAGAUGCCCUGAGUGGAUGAAGCUCAUUUGAAACCCACUUCUCUGACUUGGAUUAUUUAACCUGACUUUGCAUUGAGAUCAGCUUCUUUGUUGCCGAUAACAUGUUGAUAAAGAGUGAGAUGCUGAAGUUCAUCUGGGUCUGUGCGGCACUGAUGGCCAUCUCUGUUACAGGUGAGUCUCUGACCUGUAACACCUGCAGGAUGGGCUUUGCGGGCAAAUGUCUGUACAGAUCCACGGCGAAAUGCAUGGGCAAUGAGACCCACUGCUACACGGGAGAACUGGCCUUCAACAUCAGUCGUGUGAUGACCCUGCAGACUCGAGGCUGCACGGUUUCGUCUCUGUGCAACCAAACCGAUUCUGGAGCCCUCCUGACCGCCGGGUACACCAUGACCAGGACCUGCUGCAGCACUGACCGCUGCAACGGAGCCCCAUCCACGCAGCUCCCGCUCGCUGCUGCUUUGAGCAGCGCCCUGUUGGCUGUUUGGAGCGCUUGAAGGAAACAAAAGGGAUUAUUUUAAUUACUGGGGUGUUGUUCGCAAUCAUUAAAAAGUGGUGGUGAUUGGCCAUUGUUGUAGGCUCUAAGCCAGGCCAGUUGAAUGCAAAUGAAAUGAAAUAGAAAAUAAAAUAAAAACCUGU